GAGUUAUAAUCAGACGGCGAAUCACGGGAGCAGCCCACGAUGCCGACGCGCGCCAUGCGAGCGCACACCCAGUCCGGCGGUGCCUGGGAUUGGGUGGAGGGAGUGGUGGCUGCGGACGGAGUCACAGGAUUGGUAGAGUUCAGAGCCAAACUUGUUGACUCAUAACUGAGCAGCUCCUCUCCAUCCUUCACGGCGCGGAGCUGUCCAGGGCCAGUGGUGCUGAAACUGCCAGCUUCCGACGCGCCGUUGGAAUAAUUCUGUCUUUUAUUGCUGGUUCGAUUGCUCCUACUGAGCCUUUGAAACUUAAAUGCUCUUGUGUAACAUUCCCAGACGUUUGUUUUAAGCGUCAUUUGACGGAUAUUUAUUCACCGUCAACGCUCUCUCCAGGAGCGCACCAAGCCCUCAACUUCUUAGCCGAUCAAACAGAGGACUCUCCGAGGCGCAGCCAUGGCUUUCAUGGUAAAACACAUGGUGGGAGGACAGCUGAAGAACCUGACAGGCGGAUUGACGGAGGAGAAGCCCGAAGGGGAGAAAUCAGAGGCCGCCGCGCAGGGGAUGACUCAAGAGGAAUUUGAACAAUAUCAGCAACAGUUAGAGGAAGAAAAACAAGAACGAGAAGCCAAUUUUGCCCAGAAGAAAGCCGAGAGAGCCACAGUUAGAAGUCAUUUCCGGGAAAAGUACAGACUACCAAAGAAUGAGAUAGACGAGACCCAAAUCCAGCAGGCAGGGGAGGAUGUGGUGUUGCCCACGGAGUUGGCCAAGAUGAUUGCUGAGGACAACCAGGAGGAGACGCACAAGCAGUCCAUGCUGGGCCAGUUGUCUAACAUCCAGAAUGUGGACAUCGACCAGCUGAAAGACAAAGCCCAGGCCACACUGGAAGACCUCAAAAAGCAGACGGAGAAUUGCAGUCUCAUGUGAUUUGGCCAGCUCUAAUUCCCAGAAGAUUAGAGUUAUACUUGUACAAAUAUUUUUCAAAGGCAGAGCUGCUCUGGAAGUAGAAAUAUCCUUAUUGCUUGGGUGGGACAUCUAUCAGCAGAGCCACAUAAUAACAGUUUUUCUUGCUGCGCAGACUUAGACGCAGGCCCUGCAGAAAAGAAAGUAAGCACGAGAAAGCUGAUAAUAUGAAGCCUGGGGAUUGUCUUUAAUAAGAGGAAAAGAAGAAAUAAAGCCAUAGUGUCGUCUAGGUGAGCUACUUUAGUUAGCUUUCCUGUUAACCUUCAGAUAUCCUAAAAAUCAUGAAUGUCAUUCAUAUUUUUAUUGAAAGUUCUAGACAUGCACUCUGACAGACUGUAGUUCUCUGACCUCCUACUGAGAUUGGACCAAUGAGAUUAUUUCUGCCUGUAGAGCAGCUCCUCCUCUGAGAAAUGUUGUUAAAACCUUUACUCCUUUCAUUUCCUAUCCUUUUUCCCUCUCCGUGCCUCACAUGACCUGUGGUGAAACAACAUGAUUCUGCAGCAGAUGUCUCAGGUGUGUGUUCAGCUUUCAGUUCACUCCCAAACACACAGCAGAUGAUUUCACUGAUGAAAAUGGGCAUCAAGAGAGGAUCACUGAGAUCAGCUGCUUGGUUUGAAUGAAAACACAUGUACAAAAGACUGACUGACACUAGCUUGUGUGAGGAGCCCAUAUAUGCAUUAUGUUCAGUUUAGGAAAGUUGGCCAUUUGUGAGGUUGUUAAUACCCCGAGUACAAAAGCACAAAAUCUUAGAAAUGGGCAAUAUUCAUUUACAACGACAAGUGAUGCUGCGUUUUGUCAGAAGUAGCUUACUUAUGUUGGCCCUGUGGCACCCUCACGAAAGCUCCCUGUGAGCCGCAUUAAUCGUAGAUUUAUUCAUUUCCGAAACAUUUUCUUUUCCUGUGCCGUGGAUGUCCGUACAAGCUUGUCUUCUAUAGAGCUCCGACAUCUCUAAGCUACUUCUUAUAAUGAAAUAUUCGUUCUCAUUUGUUUGUUUCUGCAGGAGAUUUCUUACUUUAAGUUUUAUUGAAAGCAUCAAAUACUUUGUGAGCAGCAGUAGACAGGAGUUACAUGUUAUUACUUAAGGGCAGGAUAGAUUUGCUGCACUGUGUAUGCUGUUAGAAUUUACACUGAAGGGCGCAUAGUAAGCGUUGAAUCCAGUGUCAGUGUCAACCACACAGGUGGCAAAUCUUUGUUUGUGCUGCAUCCAGAGGUUAAAGAGUAAAUGCUGCUCAGAUGAGAGAAAUAUAAAUGUGUUGUGUGAAACUGUAUGCCAAAGCCUAUGUUUGACCAAUAUAAAGAAAAUGGCAUAAGUUUUGUCAAACUGUGUAACUACAGUGUGAGUAUAAACCCACAUACAAAUAUUUAUGUUGUAUAGGACGUAAAUGUAUCCGCUGUUUGCCUGUACUGUCAACAGCAGGUCGUUCAUCAACCUCGCCGCUCCUUGUAGUGUUGUCGACUGUCCCAUGACAUUUGACCCGUCCUUCAUCUCAUUGACCCCUGUGUCUCAGUGGUGCCAUUUUGUGCUGGUGGAUUUCGUGUCGUUUAGCCAACGUGAUACGUCAAGUGGUAUCUUUGUAAAAAAAAAAAAAAAAAAUGACAACAACAAAAACAAACAAGCUCGCCGUGUGGCUGGAGGGGUUGGUCUUACACAGCACACAGUCACUGUGGGCCUGCUGCGUAGCUCAGUAUCCUGUCUGUGUUGUUUCCUCGCCGAGUAUAAGUGAAGAUGUGGGGGCGAAUCAAGAACAGAUGUUGUUGCUGUUGUGUUAAAUUCACGUAGGCUACAGUGUUUGAUUUUACGUAGCAGUGAGGGUGAUGUCAGCUUUGAGCUCAUAUCUGUCCAAACCCCUGAUUCCUGUUAUAGAAAAACAUGUUUUUUGGGUACUCGAUGAUCAUAAAAGUCCUUCACUUUACAUGUACACAUUUGAUUUUAGAGUAAAUGUAGGCAAAAAAACUGUUUCAGAUGAGUGGUAAUUCGCUGUAGGUGCCAAACUACAGCUGAACGAAAACAGAGGCAACACUUAAACACUUUGAGUAAAGUGCUUACUGUCACGUGAUAGAUGAACUGUAUAUUUGUAACAUGUCAGUAAUAUGAAUCAGAAGAAAAGUUGCAAUAAGUCCUUUCAUUAAAGAGCUACUAUCUGUCAUGUUUGAUCAUGAGAUAAUAUCAAUGGGUGGAACAGAAGCCAUAAAGCAAACAGUUUGCUUCGUAUGAGUGUGUGUCACUUGAAAUAACAAUUCAUAACUCAGUAACAAUAAGGUACAAGUGUAUUGUUUGUGUUGUCAUCCCGUGGAACUGAUUUUUCAGGAUAUGGCUGCCAUGACACGCACUUUCUUCUCAUUCUUUCGCUGGUUCUUUGUUUCUCUAUCACUCUGUCUCUCAGUGAUUUUGGGGUUUUAACUGCAAUAAACUGAUUUUUAGGAUAAUGAACUUCCAUUCGGUCUUGUGUGAUUUUUGCACAGUGGCUGCAGCUCUACAGUGUUCUGUGAUUUGUUAGAAAUCUUGCAUUUUGCAGCAUCCAAACCACCAGAUGGAGACAAAAAUACAUCUGCAGAGGCAAGGC